AUGUCGGAAAACUCCCGUGAACGCCACUCCCCGGCUCUUGGGAUGCAGUUAAAGAUGAAGUCCCUCCCGGCAGGGGACCCCUUCAGCAGCCACGCGGACCAGCUCUGCAAGGCCGAGGGCAUCUUCUUCCCGGCCUUCCACGCCAACCGCACCAGCCCCAGGAAGGACGUGUUGGUGGCGCUCUACCAAGUCGUCGUCUUCCUCAACGCCUCGCUGGGCAACAUCACCCGGGACCAGAAGGAGUUGAACCCCGAGGCUCAGGACUUGCUGGAGCGGCUGCACAACACCACGAAGACGGCCCGGGGCCUCUUCUCCAACUUGACCUGCCUCCUGUGCACCAAGUACCGGGUUGACCAGGUGGACGUGGUCUGA